AUGCAGGAAGAGCAACAGUGGUCUAAUCCUGUAGGGAAAUCUGCUAAGAAAGUGGCUCAACAAAAUCUGCAGGAAGUGGGUACUUCUAAUGGUUUUGAAACACUACAAUAUUAUGGCCAAGUGGGGAGGAAUAAGGCAGUUACAGAGCCUCUAGUAAGCAUGGGUGAUUUCAAUUCUAUUCUACAUGGGGAUGACAGAUUUGGUGGCAAUGCUGUGAUGGAUGGGGAGGUGCAGGACUUCAAAAAGUUUAUGGAGACAGCUAGCAUGAUUGGAAUGAGGUGUUUGGGUAGGAGAUAUACUUGGACUAAUGGGCACAUUCAUAGAAAAAUAGAUUGGAUCCUAACAAAUGCUACUUGGGUACAUAAAUGGGAGCACAUUCAAGGACUCAUCAUGGAGCCACUGUUUUCAGAUCAUUGUGCUGAAGGGAUGGAGGGGUAUGACAUAUCCUACAAUGAGAGGUGUAUGGCAGAACUUGAAGAAGGCCUCAUGAGUGAUCCCCUAGCAGCUAGUAGGCAAGCAAUGGAUGAAAAACAAUGCAAAGUGGAACUUGAGAGGUGGAUAAAUAUUGAAGAGAGCAUCUUGAUGCAAAAGUCUAGAGUGCAAUGGUUGAAAUUGGGGGAUGCUAACACCUUGUAUUUUCAUGCAUGUCUAAAGUCUAGGCAAAGUCAGAAGCAAAUAACACAAUUGAUGAGUCUUGAAGGCAUAGUAUUGUCAUCUGGAAGCCAGGUUGAAGGGGAAAUUACAAAGUUUUAUAAACAAUUGCUAGGUUCUGCAGCAACUAGUCUACCAGUAGUGGACAUAACUGUCCAGUUGCUGGUAAUAUAUGGCGUUAUUUAUUACAAUGGCAGGGCAUUACAAGAUCGAAUCAAGGGUGGAUAG